AUGACCUCUUCUCGCAUCUUCAUCACCGGUGCUACCGGUUUCAUAGGCUCUCAAGUGGCCGCCUUCGCCCUCCGUGCAGGACAUGAUGUUCGAUUCAGCGUCCGGAGAGAGGACCAGGUCCAGCUUCUGAAAUCCAGAUUCUCUGAACAUGCCCGCCAGCUGGAAUUUGUUGUUAUUAAGGAUCUCAGUAACUCCGAUUCCAUCAAGAAUGCUCUGGGAGGUGUGGAAUACAUCUUCCACCUGGCCUCACCUAUGGCUGGAGCAGGGUCCGACUUCAAAACCGAAUACGUCGACCCUGCCGUCAAGGGCACGGUUUCCAUUUUAGACGCAGCAGCAGCCUCACCGGCCGUGAGUCGGGUUGUGGUAGUAUCCUCUGGGUUUGCGUUAAUGCCCAUGGGCGGAUUCGCCAUGCCGGGCUUGAAAGUUUACGAGAAUUCAAACCGGUCGAUCGAGGUGGACAUGAACAUGGAAUUCACUGAAGAUUUCAUCGGCCAUACUCUUAAGUAUCAGGCAUCCAAGAUUCUAGCCCACCGGGCCACCCUCGACUGGAUUGCCGAAACCACACCGAGCUUCGACCUAAUCACCCUCCACCCGAGCUUCGUCCUCGGGGAAGACUUGACUCAGGUAGACGAAACACCCAAGGGCGUCAAUGGCCUCUUCGUUAAUUCCCUCCUGUCGGAUAAGCCAAUCAUCCCGAGCUCUUUUGUUGACGUUCGGGAUGUCGCCGUUGCUCACCUGAAAGCAUUGACUGCCCCAGUUGGCCCCCGGGGAACAGUGACCGAGGCUAUAAUUGACGGACCUACCAUCGAUUGGGACACGAUUGUCAAGUUUGUAGGUGAUUACUAUCCAGAAUUUCCCUUGAAGCUAUCGGGACCGUUCCCAGAAGGCGCGACAAUGGACAACUCGCGGGCGGAGCGUGAUUUUGGAAUCAAGUGGCACACGUCUGAAGAAACCAUUCGGAGUGUGCUGGAUCAGCAGGUGCGACUCCGGAAGAAGGCAUCUUUGUAA